UGUGCUUAUGACCGGCUCCAGUUUAUCAGCAGAGGUCUCACUCCGAAUCAGUCGAGCGGCAUUAUCUUUUCAUCGGUUGCGUAACGCUGUGUGGAAGCUACCUCCGCAUGAAGCUUCAGGUCUUCUCGGCCACGGUCAUUCCCUCCCUUCUCUACGCUUGCGAAACGUGGACCCCCCUAAUGGAGCAACUUCGUCGGUUGGAAACAUUUAGGCUGGCCUGCCUACGAUCCAUCCUGGGUUUAACCAGGCUGGAUUGUGUAAGGAGCUCACAAAUCCUUGAAAGAUCUGGGCAAAGUCCCAUCGGUGAGCUCCUCCGGCAGGCAAGGCUGCGUUGGCUGGGUCAUGUAGCACGCAUGCCCAGCUACCGCAUGCCUAAAAUCGAGGGGGCUAAACGGGCGCGGCGCGGGCUAGAGAAGAGAUGGAGUGAUGUGGUACAGGAGGACGUGGAGCUGAGUGGACUUGCCGAUGACUGGUACCAGCAGUGUCAAGAUCGGCCUCAGUGGAGGAGGCUCGUGAAGGACGCUACUGGGCAGUUGGAGGCAGUCGCCCUCCAACAACAACGGAGGGCUGAGGAGCGACGUUCACAACAACGAGCGGAGCGCCGGGUGGCUAAAGCACAGCAAGUUGGUACGCCCCUGCCGCUGCUCCGCCGGGACACCGGCUUGAUGCUGACGAUGUCUCAGGAGCAGGCCGCCUGCCUCCUGGCCAACGCCUUCUUCUGCACGUUCCCCCGGAGCAACGCCACGGGGACCCGGAGCGAGGACUCUGCCUGCCCCGACAUCAACGUCAACAGAGCGGAGCCGGCGCUGCCCCCAUCCUCCGCGCUCACCCAGGCCUCUAAAUGGCUGACGGUUGUUGUGGAGGAAGAGGAGACUCUGGUGGAGGAGCUGUUGGUGCAGGAGGAGGAGACCCUGGUGGAGGAGCUGUUGGUGCAGGAGGAGGAGACCCUGGUGGAGGAGCUGUUGGUGCAGGAGGAGGAGACCCUGGUGGAAGAACUGGUGGUGCAGGAGGAGGAGACCCUGGUGGAGGAGCUGGUGGUGCAGGAGGAGGAGACCCUGGUGGAGGAGCUGGUGGUGCAGGAGGAGGAGACCCUGGUGGAGGAGCUGUUUGUGCAGGAGGAAGAGACCCUGGUGGAGGAGCUGACGGCGCGCUGGGAGCCGUCUCCGCGUCGCCACGUGGCCGAUGGCUCACGGAGACCCGCGACACGCCCCAUGCCUCACUGCAUGCAGCUAAAGACAUGGCUGUACUCUCCAAUUGCUGUCAAAUGA